AGCUCAGAGCUGCAGAAUAGGAGAACAAGAAGAUAGACAAUUACAACUGGAGUAUAUUAUCAGAGGGGCUUUGCACCAGACGUCUUCAGUUGGGUGAGCCGUGGUCCCAUGUGGUGAACAAGCACCAUGGUUUGGUGUAUCUUCAAUGGCAGCAAAGCAUUCUGGCCCUUAAAUCAGAGAUGCUUUCUUCUAAGUGGAGGCUGGGUGUGAAGAAGGAUCUGUUUCCUGGUUUGAUUUCCUGAUCACGCCUUUGACCUGGGUUCUUGGCUUCAGCCUUCAGUUCUGGCUCCUGGCUUCACCCCUUGACUCUCUCUGGUCUUCAGCUCCUCAGCUCUGAUUGUUGGCUCAGGCUCAGGGCCGAUACUCAUCAUGAUAAGGAAUCAUGACUGUUUAAACAAUGGCACGGCUCCCAUUUGGAACACCCACCUGGUGCUUGGUUUGGGAAUUCCUCAACUCCUCAUCUCCUUCAUCUCUGCCAUCUUCAACUCAGCUGUCUUUUUCUGUGUGGUGUUUUCCAAAGAGUUGCACAAACCCAUUUUCAUUCUUUUCUGCAACCUGGCCAUCUCAGAUUUCCUCUGCAGCACCUCCGGCUUCUGGAUUGCCACGGUGUUCAUCACUGACCCUCAAAGCACUAUAGUGGGCACCAAGGAACUCCUUAGGGCUUACGCCUUCUACGCCACGUCAAUCCUGGCCACCAUUUAUAACUUAGUCAUCAUUGGGAUCGAGCGCUACUUGGCUGUGUCCAGAAGCCUAAAGAUGAGAUACCGGAUCACCAGAAACCAGAUUUUAAGCACCACGUUGGUUAUUUGGGCAUGUGCCUUCUCCUUAGGAUUUAUGCCUCUGAUGGGGUGGAACUGCUUGGGGAUGGAUAAGAUCUCUGCUCUGUACAGCCCCCUUUGCAUGGACUAUCUCAUCUUCGUCACCAUACCUCACUGUGCAGUGGUGUUAAUUCUACCACUCUUCACUUACCUAAACAUCAUUGUCUUUUUGAGAAAGCACAAAGUAACAAUGGAAACCCUGGGACAGUCACAUGCUACUUACCGGCUAGCUGAAGUCCAAGUUGCCAGAACCAGUGUGCUGAUUUGGCUUUUCGGUCUGUUCUCUUAUGCUCCUUUCUUCGCAGGCGUUGUGUUCGAUUCAGCCACUAAGCAAUGUCCCAGUGAGCAUUCCCCAGCUAUCUAUAUCUUCCGAAACCUCACGGCAAUGAUGAUAACCAUUAACUCGUUGGGAGAUCCCAUCAUCUACUCUCUGAAUAUGAAGAAGUUGGGGAACAUGCUCAGGUUUCUGAAACAUCCUUCCAAUAACCGCAUUGAAGUCCAAGCUGUUGGACAGACCUGAUCUUGGUUGACAUUCUGGAUCUGUGAAUUUCCAUCUUUUGUGGAUUAUUUACAUUUGGCAUGAUGGAUGGUGCAGUC